AAACGGCGCAUCUGCAGGCUGAGAACGAACCAAAUGAGUUCACAUCACAGGUAUACAUGUAGGCUUUCAUAUCUGUGAAACUGGCGUUAAAAUGAUACCCGGUCGACGUUAUAAAGUGGAAUAACAUUCAUUUAAAAGUGUCCUGUCAGCAACGUCGCGUUAUUUUAACUUCAUCAUGGGAUUACGCAUAUUUGACACGCUCCUUUACGCGUACGCGCGCAUCUUUGUACUUAUGUUCCUACUGCAUGCUGCCCUAUCUCAAAACAGUCCGGAUGCAAGGAGGCAAAGCAGUAACCAACAAAGUGCGGCACUUCGGCAGACGUUACAAUGGGCGCACAAUGGUAAUAUUUUUAGCCUGCUAAGCCAGGGCUCUCAGUACCAACCGGCGCGCCAAAGGGACGCAGCUAAUGACAACCUGCAAUCAAGACCUGUCACCAUCAUUCGCGACGGAGACGCAGCGAGAACCCGAGAGCUGGUUCAGCCCUCCAGCCGCGCGCCUGCUCCGGACUCAGGCAAUCCGCUCCCAGCGCGCGGACACGGACGACGCUGGCUUCCACCUCAAGUUCAACGGCGCGUGACACCAGCAGACGACGAACAGCAGCAGCAGCCUGCAGGCGACCUCACGAGGACGCAUCCACACAACACGACCAAGAAUGACACGAAGGACGCGUCCCUGCCACGGAGAGAGGACAUGAUGGUCGCCGAUGACCCUUAUGACCCAUACAAGUCCACCGACAGAGAUAACCCAUACUACAACCACUAUGACGCGUACGAGCAGCCCAGACCCCGAUCCAGAGGGGGAUACGGCACAAGGUACCAUCAGUACGGUCUCCCGGACCUUGUGCCAGACCCGUACUACAUCCAGUCCUCUGCAUAUGUGCAGAGGGUCCCCAUGUACAACCUGAGAUGUGCAGGGGAAGAGAACUGCCUGUCAAGCUCCGCCUACCGCGGUGACGUCCGGGACUACGACACCCGGAUGCUCCUGAGGUUCCCUCAGAGGGUGAAGAACCAGGGGACGGCUGACUUCCUGCCCAGCAGACCGCGCUACUCCUGGGAGUGGCACAGCUGCCAUCAGCACUACCACAGCAUGGAUGAGUUCAGCCACUACGAGCUUCUGGACUCCAGCACCCAGCACUCCGUGGCCGAGGGCCACAAGGCCAGCUUCUGCCUGGAGGACACGUCCUGCGACUACGGCUAUUACAGGCGCUUCGCCUGCACGUCACACACCCAGGGUCUGAGCCCGGGAUGCUACGACACUUAUAACGCGGACAUCGACUGCCAGUGGAUCGACAUCACAGAUGUGAAGCCUGGAAACUUUGUCCUCAAGGUCAGUGUGAAUCCCAGCUAUCAGGUGCCAGAGUCUGACUACAGCAACAAUGUGGUGCGCUGCGACGUCCGCUACACCGGGAACUACGCCUACGUUUCCGGCUGCCACAUAUCUCCGUAUUAGGAAAUGGCAUUAAGAUCAUCUGUGGGCAUCAGAAGGCUGCAUCACAAAGGGAAAUGGAAUGGAGAUAAUUGGGUUACUCUAUACUGUUUCUUUUCAAGCUUCACAUUAAAGUUAAAUGAAUCAAACUUUCGUUUAAUGUAUCAAUUUAUGUAGGGUAGGGUUUUUCAUAAAGUUAUUGAAUGUUAAUAAUUGAUUUAAUCAACAUUUCUCCCCAGGCAGAUUUGUAUUCCAAGCAUAGUACAUGAAUGCCCAUUUUAUUUUGUAUUAAAGUGUUUUAUGAACAUAUUGCUCUUGUUUACAUUGUACUGAUUCCCCGCAUGACUUGCAACUUCUUCUACACAUAAAAAUGGUCAAAGUGAA